AUGUCGUUCAUCGUCGAACAUGCGAAACAGGCCGUCACCGACAAACAAACAAAUGUCGUCAUCUUUUCGGCCACGGCUAUCGCCCUCUAUGGCUACGAUCAGGGUAUGAUGUCCCUCAUCAAUACGAACAAUGACUACCUUUCCACCAUGGGCCUUGAGGAAGAGUCACCAGUUGUGGGAGUUAUCGUGGCUGUCUACUACCUCGGUUGUGCGGUUGGCGCUGUACUCUUCUCCAUGCUCGCUGAUAAGCUGGGAAGGAAAAAGAGUAUCUUCGCCAGUUUGGCGACGGCGAGCUUAGGUAACUUGAUCAUGUUCGUGGCUGGAAUGGGCAUGUUAGGCAAGAGCACGGAGAUCGCAUUGGGUGUCAUGUUAGCUGGACGAGUAGUGAUGGGAUUGGGUGUUGGAGGUAUCGACGCAGUCAUUCCGACCUACUCUUCCGAGUUGAGCUCAGACGAUUCUCGUGGCAAAGCGCUGGCCCAGGAGUUCCAGUCCAAUAUCUUUGGUCUUGUCAUGGCUUUCGGUGUCAACUUACUCGUCACUAUUCUUCUCGGCAAGCAGAACCAAUGGGCUUGGCGCAUUCCCAUCAUCGUCAUGCAGAUCUACCCUGUUCUACUCAUGGCUGUUGUUGAGCGCCUUCCGGAAUCUCCGCGCUGGUUCAUCUUCCAUGACCGCCAAGAGGAUGCGAAGAAUGCGCUAAACGAUAUCUAUGGAGAUGAAGGAAAGGAGAAGCUUGAUGAGCUGCUCGAACAGCAUGAGAAGGAGAAGGAUGUGAAAGUUGGAUAUUUGGAUAUGCUCACACCCGGGCACGAGCAAUUCCAUCCUACUAUGGUCACAGUCAUGUGCCAAGUCAACCAAGCUCUCACAGGAUAUGGCGCAGUCAGUGUAUAUGGGCCGCAGAUCUUUGAGCUCCUUGGCUUUUCUGUCCGCAACUCCGAGUACCUGACUCUUGGAAACUACACAUCCUACUUCUUCCUCAUGACGCUCGCUUGGCUUCUAAUCGAUGCUCUUGGCCGGCGCCAACUGAUGAUCCAAGGUUCUAUCGUUCUAUCUUCUUCGUUCGCACUUCUUGCUGUCUUUGGUGGUCUAGCAGCCAAGUCUGACUCCAUUGAUAUUCCCGUCAUCAUCCCUGGGAUCAUCGGAACUGUCAUCUUGUUUGUAGCCACGGGCGCAUUUGGAAUUGGUUGGCUCUCAACCGUCUGGCUCUUCCCCACAGAAGUUUUUCCAACCACCGCGCGUGCUCAAGGUACUGCUAUUUCCGUCAUCAUCUGGGGUCUCGCAAACUUUGCCAUCACAUUCCUUACGCCCGUCCUGUUCAACAAUCUUGACUACUUCAUUUUCCUCGUGUUCGCUGCAACCAAUGCCUUCGCCGGUCUGUGGACAUACUUCUAUCUUCCGGAGACUGGAGGAAGGACUUUCGACGAGAACAUGGACUUCUUCAAAGAGGCUGGUGAGACUGGAACCUGGAGGGUCGGAAAGGUGCGCAAGGGCGAGUGGAAGAAGAUGCUGUACGAUGAUCCUGAGGGAGAGGGCGCAUUAUCGGACUCCCCCCAAGACUCCGAUAUCUAUCAAUCCUCUUACCUCGGCGGUGAACACAACAUCGAUCCCUCAGACCUUCCACAAUUUACACAAAUCUGGAAUGCAUCCUUCAAUGCAGACGAAAAGCACUGGGCGCGUCCCCUUAUACAUACCCUCUCUUCGACGGGUCGUCAAAUCGUCUUCACAGCCUCAACCGAAAACCGCAUCAGAACUUUCGAUGCAGAAACCGGCCAGCUACUGAAUGAACGCCAAGUUGCUCCACCAUGGCCAAUGGAUCAGGCCUUCUGUACAACACACGUCAGCAAGACACUAGGUAUAAUGGGUACACCGGUGAUCUACCCCGAAGAUGGCAACGAAAUUGCAUUUUUCUAUGUCAAGAGCUACAUUGAAAACUACAGAGAACCAGGUGGGGCGUUUCCUCCUUUGAACUCAGUGUAUUAUCUCUACGGCGUUUAUCUCGACACGCUACAGGAUUUGUACAAGUACCCAAUGAUCAUCGAUGGCCAACCCUCCGACAACGAUAUACGCAAGACCUUCUUGGGCGGUUUGGUAUUGCAGAGGCCAGCAUUGCUAUUACUGGGCGAUGUAUUAUACGCAGGAUUCGGCGGGCUAUGCGACGCGUUCAAUUACACCGGGAGCGUUGUCGCUGUUAAUUUGGCAACGCAGAGUACGUAUACAUGGACGACGCAAGCCGGAAACACAAGUCUGUAUAACGAUGACUGGACAGCUUGGCAUGGUGGUGGAGCGGGCGGCAUUUGGCAAGCUGGAAUGGGUCUUUCGUCGGAUGGUAAAGACGUCUUCUUCACGAUUGACAAUGGCGGCGGGUCAACGGCUACGACACUCGAUGUUACUCCUAAGGAGGGUCGCAAGCCUUUGGCUGUUCUUUCGGAAACGGUCGCGAGGAUUACGCUUGAUGAGGCGAGUGGUGCGGGCAUUAAACUCGUUGAUUUCUUCCGCCCGUCGGACUGGCAGACCGACUCUGGACAGGACAUUGGAAGUGGGGGCCUCGCUAUCCUCGAUAAUAGUAUCUUCAAAACAAUGAACGGAAAGAGGAUUGGUGUUGCAACGUCGACGAACCCGAAAAUGUACGUUACGGAAGUUGACAACUUAGGCGGUUAUUUGCAAGGGAAAGAUGGCACGGACGGCAUUCUGCAAACUAUCGCCUUGGAAGGCGAGGUCUUCGGUGCGAUAGGAUCCUACCCUCUCGAAGGCGGAUACAUUUAUGUUAACCCUGGUAAUACCGCCUUGUCGGCCUACGCGUUUACUCAGAACGCAUCGUCGCUCUUCAGUUUCGCUGGUAAGUCGUCUGAACCAAAUGGACACUGGGGCGGCGCAGGCCUUCCGACAAUCACCAGCAGUCACGGUCAGUCUGGUACAGGUAUCGUAUGGGCAACUGAUGUACAGGCCGGGCUGAGGGCGUUCAAAGCGGUACCAGUCAAUGGGACACUGGUUGAGUUGCCGUUACCAAAGGUAGAGGGUGCUGUGAAGUUUGGCAGGCCGGUUUUUGGCAAUCGCAAGGUGUUUGUUGUUGACGGCCAAGGACGUUUGAUCGCGUUGGGGAAGCGUCUGAAGUGA